AUGGGGAAUUUUCCGAAACUUCCCGAAGGAACACAGCUUCCUGUGGGAGGCCAUCAAGUAACAAUUCUUAAGUAUCUUUCGGAAGGAGGGUUUGCACAUAUUUACAAAGUAAAAAUUGAUCCUAAGGAGGAAGAUACAGAUAUUGCUUGCUUGAAGAGAGUUAUAGUACCAGAUAAGAAUGGAUUAAAUCAAUUAAGAAAAGAAGUUGAUGUCAUGAAAAACUUGCGUUAUGGCAGGAAUAUAGUGAAAUACUACGAUUCGCAUGCAGAAAGGUUAGAGAAUGGAACGUACCAAGUAUUGGUACUUAUGGAGCUUUGUCCUAACAAGUCUUUGUUGGACUAUAUGAAUGCUAAAAUCAAGACCAAACUAACUGAACCAGAAAUCUUGAAAAUUAUGCUGGACAUAUCAAUUGGUAUAUACGAAAUGCAUAAGAUGAAAUUGGUUCAUAGGGAUAUUAAGAUUGAAAAUGUUCUUAUUGAUGCCAGAAAUGAUUUCAAGUUAUGUGAUUUUGGGUCUACUUCCUCGCCAAUAAUGCCACCAAAAGAUCAACAGCAAUUCCAACUUCUAAGUCAUGAUAUAAUGUAUCAGACUACACCCCAGUAUAGGGCACCAGAGAUGAUAGAUUUGUAUAGAGGAUUUCCUAUUGAUGAGAAAGCAGAUAUUUGGGCAUUGGGAUGCUUUUUAUAUAAGUUAUGUUAUUAUACUACUCCGUUCGAGGCGAAUGGCGAUAUUGCUAUCCUUCAUGCAACUUUUCAAUUUUUACCAGCACCCGUUUUCUCUGGUGACUUGAAAAACUUGAUCAUCAUCAUGCUCCAGGAGAAUCCACUCUUCAGACCUAAUAUUGUUCAAGUUUUGAUGUUAUUAUGCACAAUGAUGAAAAUUGAAUUUAAGAGUCUCAAACUAGAGGACAUAUAUAAUACUGGAUCAUAUAAUUUCCAUGCGUUACAUGAGUAUCAACGCCACAAGCAAAAUGAGCUUCUCAAACAGCAACAAUUAUACUAUCAACAGAAUGCAUAUGCGAAUGGAGGUAAAGCUACCUCGGAGGUUAAUUUAGCGAAGCAAUAUGGUAAUCACAUAAGACUGCAAACACAAUCUCCAUUUAUCCGUUCUCAAGGAGGUACACCAUCGCAAGCAUAUGGCCAAUUGAAUAUCUCAAAUACGGCUGAUUUGCAACAUCAAACACAAGCUGAGAUACCAGCCGCGAUAUCCCACGAUUUAGAGCCUCAAAAGAAUAAACAAGAAGCCGGAGUAAUUCUGCCUACUAAUGAGGUUAAUACUGACACGGAAGAUGAUAAUACAAGUGAAAUAGCACUAGAAAAUUUGGAUAAUGUCGAAGAGAGAUAUCCUUCCCUUGAGGACCUUUUGGAAGACCCAACUAAGAGAAGUAAGUCAAUAGAUUCAGAUCGUGUUAGCCAAAAGGAGAAUGAUUCACCCAAUUUACCUAACCAGAGUAUUAGACAACCGAAUAUGCAGAAUUAUGCCUCUCAGGUUCCUACACAGCCAGUUAUAUUAAGUAAUGCUGAUCUUCAAAAAUUGACACCAGAUCAAUUUCAACAAUAUCAUUACCAGCACCAAGCUUAUCAAUAUCAGCUUGAUCAAUAUCAGAAACAAUUAUACCAACAAAAUGAACAACAAAAACAUCAGCAGCAAGCAAUUCCUAAUAAUAUAGACCAUAAUAUAACAACAGGAAAGUCAAAGGAACCAUCUGAAUUUGAGAAAAAGGAGGCAUGGGAGAGUCAUCAUUCUAAGAUUGAAAAAGAUGCAGAGCUAUUGGUUGACGAUAUAUUCGCAACAAAUUCCAAAUCUCCAGCCUUAGUACCUGUGCAAGGUCAAAAUACCAACCAAAGUGCAAAGGUCGAUAUCGAUUCAUUGUCCAAGUUGCAGAAAAGUGUAUCAUCUGAAUAUCCUUCAACAAGCUUAGAUGAACAUAAACAGGAUGGAGAAACUCGUGGAGAAAAUGGUAUAGAACCAUCUAUCGAUGCGCAUAAUGAACAAGAUGCGGCUGGGGUUUUCAAUGAUGAAGGGAAAGAAACCAAUAGUAGAAGUAGACAUUCAUUGGAUGAUCAUAAUUUAAGACCUGAGGUGGUACAAGACCAGCGUGAUGUGUUUAUUAAUGAUGCAUCUAAUAAAGUUAAUGAUGUUGAUUCUUUUGAAAGUUUUUCUGGAAAAUACCCAGAUAUACUUAGUAACAUGCACAAUGAUGCCCCAUUUAACAACAGUCCUCAAACACAGGUAAGCAACAAUCUGAAUAUGCCGUCAACGAAUUCCAGUUCUACUGCGACAAAGUACCCUUUUACCUAUCAGCAACCUUUACAACAGCAUGUCGCAUAUUCAAACCCGAGACCCGAAGUUAAUGCCACUAAAGGUGAUAUUAGGAAGCAUGCAAAUCCAUGGGGCGACUAUACCAAGAAUACUAAUGUAGCACCAGUCAGAAGAGUGUCUUCUCACUCGGGAAUAGUCAAUUCGCAACCUGCAUCAAUUAGUAAUGAACCAGCAUCUAUAAUUCCUGUUCAUGAACAAAUGAAUGCAUUGUCUUUGAAAGAAAGACCUAAUAGCAUACAGCAAAAGGGUAAUUCAAAUGAACAAUCCUCGGAAGCUAAUUUGAUUGAUUUAGAGGUUGGAUUAGAAUCGUCUAGCUCAUCCACUAAUACACCAAUUCUUAAGCCUAAAACGAAGGAUUUAUAUAAAUUGAAUACGGAGUCAUCUUUGUCUGGUUUCGAGCUUGAUGAUGAAAAGAAACCAUCAGAGCCCAAGCAUCAGUUCAAGAAAAGACUUUCCUCAGCGCAAAAUCCAUCCAACUUCAGCUUUCAAGAAGAAGUCAUCGAUUUUNCAUCCGAUGAUGAAAAUCCGGAGAACAGUUCUGAAAUGAACAGGUUAUCUAUAAGAAAUUCUUUAUCAAAGAAGCCAAAAUCUAGGAAAUCUAGUGAACACAAGAGAUCUGAUAGUGCCAACAGCGAGGGCAAAAAGAGAUUAUCAUUAUUUGGUUCUUCACAGGGUAAUUAA